CAGAGAUCUCAGGAUGGGCGUCAAGGGUGUCGCGUUCGCGUCUCGAUAUGAAGAUGGAACUCGAUCACCCCAAAGCAGAAGAGAACACCGCUCACAGCGCUCAAACCGCCAGAUAAAGCCACUACCUGCGCAAAUACUGGAUCAUUGCAGCAUUUGCCUGGAAGAACAACUAUUUUCACAAGCCUUUAGCCUUCUCUCGAAUGCUCUGACCUCUGGAUCGGGUCUGACUUCAGCUACAUAUGUGCCACCUGUCCAGCAUCUUGCACUUGCCGCCACUCUGAUCGUACAUCCAAAGCUUACAACGCGGACAACCGCGCCCGAGAAGCAUGCAGCUGCUGACGAUGCUCUGCACUAUCUCAUUGCAGUCGUCAAGCUACUUGGAAGCUGCGAUGCUGAGCUAGCUAAAGCGUUCGACUUUGUCGGAAAAAGCCAGUCCACCUCGCGGUCUAAGCGAGCCGCAAAUCGACGGUCAGCCUUAACUGUGGAAUGCGGUGCGGCUGAUGACGCUAAACUUCGAUCGCCGUACGUUGACGGUGACGCACUCUGGACUAAUGCGGACGACUUUUGGAGCGUUGUAGGGUGGGCUUUAAACUGUUCGGUAGCGCACAAGCACCGCUGGGAGCGAUGGAAAGUGUGGCUCGAUUUGAUGUUAUGUGUCUUGGACGAUGACUUACAAGGACACAUGGCGACGGGUUCCGUCUCAGAAAGUCUGCUAGCCCAUUAUCUUCACCCCAUCGGGGAGGGUAGGAACAACAAGCGUAGACUUAUGCGAGCUAUUCUAGCGGACGGCAAACAGAGAAGCCUUGCCGAGUUCCAUGAGAUCUGGCCGAACGAGACAAAGCUGCCUAUGGAGAAGGACAAUGACACUCGGAUUGGCAAGAAGCGGAAGCUCGAUCUUGAUAACAACGACUUCGGUGACUACUACGACAACUCCGACGCCGACAGCCCAGAUGACUCUCUGCAGGAAUCUAUGUCUGCAACGGGCUUUUUCAAGGGUGCCCGAAGUCGACAUGGGCCCGACGACUGGUCUGCAAGAGAUGCUAGCGACGAUGAUACCACCGCAUCCAUAUUGAUGGAAGACAAAGACUCCGGUAGUCGAAGCAUUAAUGCAUUUGGUGGUAUCGAGUCGAUCCACGUUCGACAGCGCUUUCUUGCAAUGCUCAUCGCUCUCUGUCAUCAUGAUCCAACGGCUUUCCUGGACACUGAGGAUCUAUUCGAUCUACUUACCGAAUUCUUGCGCCCGCUGCCUUUGCCAGUCUUUCAGCAAUUCGUGCUACCAACCACAACGUACCUUGAUCCUGACGCUCAUAGCUCGCUGAACCAGAUGCUACUCCGUGCAUUGCUUAGUAACAAUGCACCAGCAUACGAUGAGAACGCUUUGACGCAAGAUGACUUCGAGACACACUAUGCGCCGUACCCCGCAAACACAACAGGGGUGACGGACAACGCCAAAGUGAGCUUGAUUAUUGAGGACCUGCUGCGUCUGCUAUGGCACAGCGGAAAGCUCGCGCCCAGUGAGAAGCUACGCAAUGCUGUGGAGGCGGGCAAUGAUGCGAGGAGAGAAAAGGUCAUUUCCGGUGGAAGGCGCAAGACAGGCGCAAAGGUAGUAGACGCUGAGGAAGCGGUAGCGACUUUAGAGCAUUCGGCGGAAAGGAUGCGACUCUGCGUGGCUAUGUUGGCUUGAGAGCACUUGGUAAUGGCUGCAGCAUUCCGCUACCAGCGCUGCAUAGUCCGCAAAGUACUCUAC